GCGUUGUGAGGCCGCUAUUGUUUUAUUUUGUUGUUGCUGUUGUUGGGCGCAAGGCCACGGAACAACUACCGAAGGGUGCGCGGAGAGUGGAUCGCGUUUCUUUUUUGCGCACGCAGCAGCAGCAGCGGCAGCAGUUCAUACAUGCAGAGCUCACAUGUGCUGCUACUCGUUGCCGGUGUUGUUUCAGCGGGUCGUGAGCAGCUCCGAGCGCUUGUGAAAAGGCGGUGGUACAGUAUAUUAUAGGCACUAUAGCGGUGGUCUGCGUCUGUGCAGCGUCGUUGCUUUGGCACACGUGAUUUUUUUCUGCGGUCGCAAGCGUUGCCGUCAAACCGAUGAGACGUAGGCAUGCCGUCCGAACCACGCUGUCAACCUAGCACGACCAAUUCCCGCAACGCGGCUUACGAGGAGUAUCUGCGCAACCUCCGAAACUGGGAGACCAGCAUCAAGAUGAAAGACGCCCAACUUCGCUCGUUGAAGUCCAAGCUCCAGCCGGCCACGGAGCCCAUGCCCGUGAAGAGGCCCGCGUCAUCGGAAAAUGAAAAUACACCAUGUCCAGAGAAUGAAGUGUCGAGAGGCUCAGAAUCCAUGGUUGCAUUAGAAACCUUGAUAAACGAUGAAAGCACGUCUGAAACCAGUGGUAGCGAAGAUGAGCAGUUUCAGGCUGAAUGGAAGCGUCAGCGUGCACUUAUUGAGAAGGAAAAGGGCAACAGACUCUUCAAAGAUGGCCGCUACGAUGAAGCGAUUGAAAGCUAUGGCAUAGGCAUUGAAUGUGACCCCCAGAAUCCGGUGCUCUAUGCCAAUCGGGCAAUGGCCUUUUUGCGCAAAAACAUGCUCGGCGCUGCUGAAGAAGACUGCAGUCGGGCCCUGGAGUGGGACCCGAAAUACGUCAAGGCGUACCACAGGCGAGGUCUGGCUCGGCAAGGCCUCUCUAAGAAGGCGCUUGCCGCAGAGGACUUCCGCACGGUGCUCUCUCUCGAGCCAAACAACAGGGAAGCGAGGCAACACCUGACUAAACUAGAGAAGGAACUAAAGAGCGGAAGUGGUGACGCGGUCACACCGAAGCCUUCCUCGCUUGCUCACUCUUCGAAUGCCAAAGAACCAGCAGCUCAAGUUGAAAAGACAGCGAAGAGGGGCUCUGCCACUGAAAAGGCGUCCCUGCCCGUCAGAGCAGUGACUGCAGUUAAAGUGGAGCCCCUGAGCACACCUAGAAACAGGAGAGCAACAGAAAAACCGCUGAAGAGGGUGCCCAUCCGUGAUGUGCCAGGUGGAACACCUUUAAAAGAAGAGUGGGUGGCAACAAAAAAAACACACGAGCCAGAGCUCCCACCACCCGCACCGACUUCGUACCAGUUUCAGGUUGACUGGAGGCAGCUCACACCAUUUCCUGAGCUGCGCUACAAAUACCUCAAGCAAAUGGACCCAAGAAAAUUGGGAACAUUUUUUCAAGAGUCAAUGGAGACUGAACUGUUCUGUGACAUCUUGUGCAUCCUGGAGAACCAGUUUGUGAGGGAUGGUGUAGAUAUCUACCCAAUCUUGAGCAGCCUGCCGAAAGUGGGCCGUUUCUCAACAUUAGUCAUGUUCCUUGGAAGUGAAGACAAGAAGCGGCUUGCGAGGCUGCUUGCCGUUGCCUCAAAAGUAGAUCCGGGUCUCGCAGACAGCUAUGGAUUGUGAUGGGAGAGGUAGAGAGUUGUCAUGUCACUAUAAAAGCACAGAUCACACUCAUUGCUGCCAUGAGUCACUGUAAAAGCUUCAUGCAAGUUUUUUUUUGCACUGUAAAAAGAAUGCAAGCACUUCACCACAACAUUGUUGCACAUUCUUCACUCACUGCCUUGUAGACAGUCGGUGAUUUAAAUAAACGUGUUUGAAAGAUUGCA